GUGAAGCCGCUGUCGGGCGGGGCGGGCAGAGACCGCCCCCGUUCGGGGCGGUAUCGGGGCCAGCCCGCUCCGCCCGUGCGGCCGCGGGCGGCGAGCAGAGCGCCGAGCAGGCAGGUCUUGCACUCUGGACUUGUUAGCCUUGCAGGCUUCUGGGCACGUCUGUUCUCAGCUAUGAAUAGAUCAAUAAGAUUUGACAUCUGUGUGGUCACCUGCAGCAUCCUGCUCUUGUCCUCCAGUCCACCAUGCCUUGCAUCUCAGCCACUGGAGGAAAGGGACAUGACAAAGAUCCAGCAUGGCCCUUGGGCAGGGAAUGGGGUAGAAGAUGAAAGGACAGUCACGCUGGACUUGAAAAAUAACCUGGGCUCUUCUGAGCAGGCUGUCUCUGAAGAGCCACGUGGAGUGUCAGCGAAGCCCUCUGGGAUGCCCUUCAGUGAAGCUUUCACUGCAGAAGGAGAAACACUGCAUUUAAGCCCAAGCCACAUCAUCGCAGGUAGCCAAGGGCUGGAUGCUCACACCUUUGCUGUGGCAGUGGCUGCAGUAGAUGAGGAGGAGAUUGGACCCACAAAGUCAGAGGCGGAUGAAGACGAUGUGUUUGAGGCCAUGCUGACUACAGCUGUGACCACACCAAACCCUACUGUCUUGGAGGAGUCUGUUGGUGGUGCUGUUGGUGAGACUUCCAUAGAAGGUGGUAUUGAAGUAGAGCGCAGCUCUGUUGGCCUCUUGGCAAACUCUGUUUCUGGGGCAGCUGUGGAGGUGGCAGAGAGCAGCUCGCACCCCUCAGCUGCAUCCCAGCCCGUGCUGCACUCCAGCUCGCCCAGCUGGGAAACGGCAAGUGACCUCCCCGUCAUCCUGACUCCCCAGGCUCACAGCAUGACCUCCGAGGUGAAAACACCAAGAGCCCACACAGGGAGCCCUCUGAAGUCCUUGGCUGUUCGAGUGUCCAUGGCUGCAAAAUAUCCUCUUGCAGCAACUGAGGCCUCUUUCCUCCUGGAAGCAGAAACAAGUGUCGGGCAAGGAGAACUGCCUGCCACGGCUGGCACUGUCACUGUCCACCCUACGGUGCCACCUGACUGGGAUGACACAAAAUUGGGGGACAUAAGUCAAGGAGGAAGCGUGUCUCAGGAGCAGAUGACGGAGGGCCUGCGGGUGACAGAACCAUCACAGACCCUGCAGGGAAGUGUGAGAGAGUCAGAGGAUGUGACAAGAAUGCUGCUGUCCUCAGCGUCCCCUCCACCAACUCCUGGGCUUGCCCAGGAGACCAACUGCACGGCACCUGUACAAGGGGAGGAAACGCCAGCAGCUUCUACAGGCACCAGUGAUGAUGGUCACACUGCAAACCUGACAGGUGUAGACGUGGCUGAUCUCAGCUUACUGGAAAACAUGAACACGGUCACAACCGACGAGGGAAAGAGCAUCCUGCUGUCACAGCCAGAGGCUGCUGUGGUGACAGAUACGCAGUCUGAUCUCUCUCCUACUGUGGAAAGCUCGUGGAAAGGUAUUACUCAGGAGGUGACAACAGUUGCCCAGGAGGCUGAUGCCACUCUCUCGGUUGCAACACUGGUGCCUGGUGUUAGCCAAGGAACAGGAGCUGCAAGCUUUCCUCAGGAGAACAGUGGGGAGGACACCCAGAUGCUGACUGCUCCUCGUGCCACCCAGAUGCCGGAGGCAACUGGUACUACUAUGGCAAAUGCUCCAGAUGUAGAAGAUCUCACAGAUGUGGUCCUGGUCACCAAUGAGAAGGCUAUUCCAGCUUCUGGCGAGUUGUCUGCUACCCAGUCUGGACAGACAGAGGAGCCAUCCAGCAGAACUGUGGUCCUGGUAACUCCUGCAUCAGUGGCCUCCUCUAUCAGGGGGACAGCUUUUCCGUCAGUGAGGAGGAUCAGUACAGCUGUGACCUAUGGGCUGGACCGCCUGGAGUCAGAAGAGGGUGAGGAAGAGGAUGAAGAGGAGGAGGAAGAAGAGGAGGAGGAGGAGGAAGAGGAGGAAGACAAGGAUAUAGACUCGAUGGAUGAAAGCAUGGAAGGUGACACAGAGCUUCCAGGUUUCACACUUCCUGGCGAGACCUCCCAGGAGCCCAUGGCUGGCCUAGAAAACCCUGUGGCCCAGUUGGCAGGGGUGUCCUACCAAGUUCCUGACACCAUUGAAUGGGAGCAGCAAAACCAGGGUCUGGUGAGAAGCUGGAUGGAGAAGCUGAAAGAUAAGGAAGGAGGCAUGUCUAGUGUGAUCUAUGCUCAUAGCAGAGCACCUUGGCCUGGAAUUCAGCCAGAGAGAAUGCUGAAAGGACAGAGAAUGGUUUUCCCGAUGAAGGCAGGAUACAUGUCGGGGAUGCUGGUUCCUGUAGGAGUCGGAAUAGCCGGAGCCCUCUUUAUCCUAGGAGCACUCUACAGCAUUAAGAUUAUGAAUCGCCGAAGGAGAAAUGGCUCAAAGAGACAUAAAAGAAAGCAGAGGGAAUUUAACAGCAUGCAAGACCGAGUCAUGCUCUUAGCUGACAGCUCUGAAGAUGAAUUUUGAAUCGAACUGCAGUGCCCUUGUGAUAGCCCGUGACUUUUAAAAAGAAGGAGGGGGGAGAAAAAGAACUAGCGACUUUCUACUGCAUCGCUGCUCUCCACCGCCCUGAGCCACCGAGCAGUGGUGGGUACCACCCUGGUGAAACAGCAUGCUAUGCUCUACGUGUACCGCGCAGUGAUGUUUGUUUUGAUACAGUAGUGAGAUUUCACAUUUGCACCCGGCACCUCAUUCAAAUCCACAGCGCGUCUUGUUACAGCUGGAGCUGAUCCGUAUGGAUGAUUAUUUUCCUAUUACCCUGGUGUCCUGUUUUGGUCCUGGCUGGCAGUAAUCUAAUCAUAACAAUAGCUCUCACCUACCCUGGGAAUGGAAAUCUUUACCGUGAAUGACUUCUGUCCAAUUUGUUAAUUUUUAAUGUUACAUUACCUGAGCUAGAGUUCAUUAGUGCUAAGAUUAGCUGCUCUGCUUAAUUAAUGAGUUAUACAGUUGAACUGUAUCCUUUGCCACUUGAGAAGUGCCCAUGUACAGUGUUGUUGAUAGAGUUUGAAGCACAUUUCUGCACUUGGGUCCUCGACUCUCACCCCUUCUUUCUUCCUUCAGCUCUGCUCCAGUGCUUCUUGGAGACACACAGGAAUGGCCUCAACACUUGAUUCACAACAAAAAUCCUAGUCCGUUUGCAACCAGCACUGUCUGUUACAGCACAAUAAAUACCAGGGCUGUCUUGUAUGGUUCUCUUAGCUAUUGUUCAGUGCGCAAGUGGGGAAGAGAAGAGGCAGGACAGAGGUUUCUUCAGCUUCUGCCUCCUCUUUGAAGGACACUAGUUAUGGGUUCAUCUCUUUCACAAGGCUGCAUUCACAUAAAGAUGAAAGUGGAGGAUCUGUCCCUUUUCCCCACUGGAAAUCACAUUUUCAGCUCCUGAAAGCUGCGUGAACAGCACGCGCAGCUUUCAGAGAGGAUCUGGCCCACUUUGGGAGAUCUGGAUGCAUCUUGUCUCCAGACAACCAAACGCAGAAAGGCACCAAAGGCUACGAAGUGGGUGGCUGUCAGUCUUGGGGGAUUUAUGGCUAAAUUUGGAAAGCAGCAGCAGGCACAGCUGGAGGGAUUUCUGCUAUGGGGAGGUGAAAAGGUCCCACUGGGAACCUUUGGCCAUGAGGGAAAAGGUGAUGCUGCAGAGGGCUGUGGAGGUGAAGCCCAGGGUUGGCAUGGGGUGAGGACAAGCUGCCACACUCCCUGUGCUGCUAGCACUGGGUUGCAGAUGGAAAUAGCCAUCAUCUGAGACAUUACUGGAAUCAAGCAGGGGAAACUAAUGUUGCUUUGCACAGAAACGCUGUCAAAAUAACUAGAAAAAGGGCUGUGUUACUUUAUCUUUGCUUCGAGUUGUGAAAUGACUUUUGUGCAAAACAUUCAUGUUUCUGAGGUGGGAAUCAUUGUUCUGUGGGGAAUCAUCCUUCAUACGAGGAGUAACGGCUGUUGCCAGAGGAGACCUGAGUAGACAAAUAAGGCCAAACUGCAUAUCCACUGAGAUUAAAUCCCACUGCGGCUUUGAAGAAGUGGAAGGGAGGAGAGUUUGAGGAGGCACACAUGCAGGAUUUCGUUCCCUGUAAAGGUGAAAAAGCCUAUCAGAUUGUGAGGGGUAGAUGUAGAUGAUUGUAAGCAAAUGUUUUGUGGGCAUGUGAGUGGGUUUGCAAGGUAGAGAGAACAUUUGGAAGACCCUCCUGAAGCUCAGUUCUCCCUUGAGAGCGUCUGGGCCUCUUCGGGGCAUGAAGUCAUCAAACAUGACGUUCACCUCCAAACAAGCAGUGCUCUUCAGAGCCCAGGUAGCUUCCUGUAGGCCUUACCCACACAUCUACUGAGUCACCUGGAGAAGGACAGCCAGGACAGCCUGUAUUCUGCUAUAUGCUGCUACUGAUGCUAGUCUUCCACUCGAAGAGCUGUGCGUGGUCCCCCACACAUUGAUGCUGCCGAGUGCAUGGGAAGCAGUUUGGGGGAAGCACUGUAAAACCUGGACCAUCAACAUACUGGGGAGUCUUCACACCCUAAUCCCUGUAGGACAGGCUUUCCCAGCCAGGGCUCCACAGUGCUUGCAUCUCUCCCUUUUUGUUCCUGAAACUUUGACCAGGAGAAUUUUGCCUUGCAGCCCCACGUCUUUAACAGGCACUGGCUGGCAGCCCAGGUGCCUCUUCCCAAAAUUAAAGCCUCUUUGUUCCGUAACAAGUGAUCGGAAGAAGUUUUCCUUCCAGACUGAUCUCUCCCUAGUUCCUUCUUAUUCCUAAGUCUCUUAGAGCUUGGAGUUGUUUGGGAGAUGUUAACAGUCUGGUUGAGUGUUCUGGCUGUCUUGCGGCUUUGAGAACCAGGAUGUAUUGUUCCUGGCAAGUUCAGCUUAGUUCUUCUUAGUGGGAGGCAAGAGGGAGUCAAACCCAACCUAGGGUCCCAAUGAAGGACCCAAGGACAAAGUCUUCUGCAGUGCCCCUGGUGUCAGUGCAAUUUCUACAGGCCCUUAAAGCACAAGUAUCGUUCAGCUCUUUCCCUUCGCACCCAAGGCCAGUAGACUUUGGAUUUGGCCUUUAAAAAUAUUCUCUGUAUAACUCCUGGAGUUUGAUUCAUUUGCUUGAGAUCUGAUUGCAGGCAGGGAGGAGGGUUUCAUGUGGGAGCUGAAGCCUCCAGUCUUUUAACACUCUAUUGAUUUAAUUCGUACCUCUGCAUUGCCAAACAAGCAGAUUCUUUUGAAAGAGACAAGAAAAGCAGCCGAGAAGUGCCCUCCUCAUCUUCUGUGCUGGGUGAGCCGCAAGGCCCUGGAUGUAGAGGUGGAUCAUGACACUGCUAAUGCUGCUGUGGCCUCAUGCAAAGGUACAGCUGCGAUGCUGACUUUGCUGCAGCAAUAAUAAUCUCUUGCCUCGGCACAAGAUGAGCCGCUUGCAUCUGUCUUGGGUUUUCCCGAUAGCACAAGUUAGAAUUCAUUGUAGGCAUCACACAACUGCUUUGACAUCUGCUGCCCCAUUUCCAAGGGGAGGAACCAGCCUGCCUGACGUGCAGCUCUUGCCCUGGGGAAAUGCACCUGCAUUCAACAGCUGCUGAUUUUUUUUAAGUGUCUCCUACACCAGAUGUUCACCGUAGAUGAGGUUUCUCCGGACUGCACUGCUUCCAUAGAGUGAUAUUAGCAGUCCUCGUGCUUUCUUGUGGUUUUCUAUUUUGGACAAGAACAACUCAUCAUACUGUAACUAUGGAAUGUAGCACUUUGUUAAAUUAAAACUUUGGGAAAUAAAAUGCUGUCCAUCAUAUCUGACUUUAAGCGCCUUGUCUUCCUGAUCUGUGAUUU